CAGCCGGCCUCACGACCGCACGAGCUCUCGGGACGGGUGCGCCGCCCGUGGGACGAAAGUGAUUUGUUAUUGUGGGAUGACGUUAUUCUGACGUCGCCGGCAACAACAGGAAACGGUUCUGUGAGUCGGACGGGGGUCUCCGCGUCCCCAGUGAAAGAGUUCAGUGAAGCACCAUGAAUGCCAUAUUCGGAAGAAGAAAGACCCCGGAGGAGAUGCUCCGGCAGAACCAGCGGGCGCUGAACCGGGCCAUGAGGGAGCUGGACCGCGAGCGAACGAAGCUGGAGCAGCAGGAGAAGAAGAUCAUUGCGGACAUCAAGAAAAUGGCCAAACAGGGGCAGAUGGAUGCAGUGAAAAUAAUGGCAAAAGACUUGGUGCGAACGCGUCGCUAUGUGAAGAAGUUCAUUAUGAUGAAGGCAAACAUCCAGGCCGUGUCACUGAAGAUCCAGACUCUGAAAUCGAACAACACCAUGGCCCAGGCCAUGAAAGGAGUCACCAAGGCCAUGGCUACCAUGAAUCAACAGCUGAAGUUGCCUCAGAUUCAGAAGAUCAUGAUGGAAUUUGAGAAGCAGACAGAGAUCAUGGACAUGAAAGAGGAAAUGAUGAAUGACGCCAUUGAUGAUGCCAUGGGCGAUGAAGAUGACGAAGAAGAGAGUGAUGCUAUCGUGUCUCAGGUCCUGGAUGAACUUGGACUGACCCUGACUGAUGAGCUGUCUAAUCUGCCAAGCACUGGAGCAUCACUCAGUGUCGCUGCCGGGAAAAAGGCAGAGCCGGCUGUCUUGGAAGACGCAGAUGCUGACCUGGAGAAACGGCUGAAAAACCUCCGCAAGGACUGAGUGGGUCGCCACGUGGUUGUUUUAAAAAUUUAAAUUAGCUGUAUAAUAUAGACUGCACGGAGCGAUUGUGAUUUGGUAUUUCUUUUGGUUUGUGGGAGUGAUCGCCAAGUUGGUACAUCUGGGGAGGGAGGGGGUAGCAAUGGGCAGGACACACCAACUUAAGAACGAGGAAAUCUAAGUGAAUCCACUAUAGCUGGGAGUCAGUGGCAGAGAGAGUUGGAGCCUUGUUGGUUGCCAGUGUCUAUUAUUCCCAAGUCUUUAUUUUUCUUUAAUCAUCCUUUACCAGUGUUGUAUUAAUGCUCACCAAAGUUUCGGGCGAGGAGCACUCCAAAUUCAAACCCACCUCCUCCCCACCAACACUUUAAAGGAAGUAUUUAAAAAGCACCUGUGAUUUUGGAUCCUUUGGAGGGAGAUGAGCAAAUUCGUUUCGUUGCAGAGGCUGGAGGAACGUGAGGGUGAACACAAAUUUCUUGGUGGUUGUAACACUAUUGGGACUGGCUUGUGCCGAUUCACGUUGAGCUUUAUGGCCACUGGCUCAACGUGGACUAUGUAUAUUCCCACUCUUGGUCAUACACCGGACUGCACCUCCUCUAACUCCAGUAAAAAUACAUCAGCACUUGGACCCAUGCCAACUACUCAUCUCGGCUGGGAGAAGGAGUAGAGGGACGUUGUAGCCCACCCGGUCACUCGGGCAUUAAGGCUGACUGAUUAUUUUUAAAAAUCACUUAGUUCCGAGGAGAUUUGUAUGCCGUGAGGUGAGCACUAGACCCAAAGAAAGAGCGGUUCCAACCUAAUGCUGGUGCAUCUAAUCCUGUUCCAGUGGGGUGACUGGAAAUGACAUUCUAUGUGCAAUUAAAAAUCUCAGCUCACUCUUCACUUUGUCAACUUUGUCCUUUGUACAUUCUUCUGCCAAUGUUGAUUAUGGAGUGUACCGAUCCAUUGUAUUGUCCUGGUACAGGGCCACCACUGCUAAGACAGUGUCAUUACAGCGUGACUUGCUUACGUGGCUAGAUUCCAUGGUAAAAAGGGACAGAGUUUAAUAAAUAUGAGAAUAAAAUAAAGUUGGCCUGGGUUACAUUGCAAUAGCUUGUUCUAAUUCUACUCCCAUCUCUAACUCCAUUCACAUGAUGUGGUCACUCCUCAAUGUUGUGCUUUGGCUGCUAUUGAAUCAAUGAAUUGCUGACAAGGAUGUACAAGUAGCAAGUGAAUCCCAGGCUGUGACGAGUGUAACUCCCGGCGUUGCCUGGUUAAGACGUGCCAUGGCGUUGUCUAUACUAGGUCUGCACCCUUUCAGCCCAGUUCUGCUACCCUGGAGUUGGUUCUGCAAACCUGACUCCCCCCACGCAUUGCAGACCCUGCCCUCGGCCUCUCCAGACAGAAUUGUAGGAGUUUUCUUUUAGUGUUCAAUUGCUGCUUGCGGUGGACGGUGUGCAGGAGAGCUUGAAGGCAGCUUGAAGGCCCGAGUCAUUUUGCUGGGCUGCUCCCAGAAGACUGCAGACUCCUGUGCAUGUUCCUGCCCACUGGCUGGCCAUCCCUGCUCAGUGCUGUAUAUUAUCAACACCCAGCUUGUUGCUCACUGACUGAAACAUUAAAAACCGAGCGACGCAAGAUGAUGGAGAGAAUUUUCAGCAGUGUUUGAACCAUAAGGUGAACAGGUAGUUUGCCCUCAGUUUGUCUAUCGUUCAAAAGAAUGUACUUGAAGCAAAUCUGUUGUUAUAUCCUCGAUAUCAACAACCCACUGGUUGAGCUUGGAAGUGACUGAGCAAGUGUGACACAGUAUCAGAAGCCGCUGUUGUAUCUCUUCAUUAGUGUUCCCUGUCUCUGUAGGAGUGCCUAAGGAACUUCCAUUAUCCCUGCAAUCUAUCUUGUGAGCUUGUCUCUACCACAAGAUUUCACUUGCUCAUGGGGAGGGAACCUGUGGAGUCCAUGGUGUAAAGAUGUUCAGCUUCUAGCAUGGCUAAAAAUGAAAUCUUGUAAAAUAACUUCUAUGCAAGUGGCCAUUAUGAUGCACUUUUGUUGAAUCACAUCAUUCUUGAAGAGAGCCUACAUAAAUGUGUGUGUGUGUGUCGAAUCUCAGGAGAUGAGUGUCAGGGGCAAUGUGCAGUCAGUUAAUUUUCUUGCAAAGCUUUUAUAUUCAGGCAACCUAUUUUCUUUGGUUUCCACAUUUACGAUCAACCUGAUGUGCCGUAAUAAAGUGUUUACCAUUUGGUUAUUUUUUGAAAUUUGA